UCCAUUUCAAUAGUUUAGCAGAAACUGGCUCCUCCCUUUGAGAGAAGCACACAAGACCAGAGGCACAAACUCACAUUCUGCUUCAACAUUUUCCUGCUAGAACAAGCUGUGUAAAGUCUUUGGAGCCUCACUUAAAGUAGUCAUAUUUUCACUUUGAAUUCUCUUUUUUGGUUUCCUGAACACACCUCAGUGCUGCAAGAGGACUGCGGAAGCCGGAAAGUUUCACAUCACUUUGUCCUUUUCUACUGACAAUAUCUACAAGCUGCGGGAUGCCAUUAGGAGGAGGAAACAAGUGUGGCCGCUGCUCCAAGACGGUUUACUUUGCAGAGGAGGUUCUCUGUGAUGGGCGGAGCUUCCACAGGUCCUGUUUCCUGUGCAUGGUUUGUAGGAAGAGCUUGGACAGCACAACUGUUGCAGUUCAUAUGGAGGAAAUCUUUUGUAAGGCAUGCUAUGGCAAGAAGUAUGGGCCAAAAGGUUAUGGCUACGGUCAGGGGGCGGGGACACUCAGCAUGGACAAAGGAGAGUCUCUGGGUAUUACACCUGAAACCCCAGGUCCUCAUUGUCCAACCAACAACCCAAACCCAUCCAAGCUGGCUCAGAAGUUUGGAGGGUCAGAUAAGUGUCCUCGCUGUGGAAAGGCCGUGUAUGCCGCUGAAAAAGUGAUCGGAGCUGGUAGUUCAUGGCACAAGGUUGGGUGCUUCACAUGUGCCACGUGUGGGAAGAGCCUCGAGUCAACCACGCUGUCUGACAAAGACGGAGAAAUCUAUUGCAAAGGGUGUUAUGGAAAAAACUUUGGUCCAAAAGGAUUUGGAUACGGACUCGGAGCAGGGGCGUUGGCACAUACGCAAUGAGGACUUCAGUGGAGGGUUCCUGAUCUCUGCACUUCUCUCUUCAUCCUAUAGAGGACAGUCUGUCAUUACAUAACUUUGCACACAAGAGCAUUUCAGUACAGAAACCACCCUGUCAGCUCCAACAACAUCUAUCUAUUUCAAUAUUGUUUUAGUUUGCAUUUGGUAUAAAUGUCUAAUAAUAUCAGACGUGUUGUUGUUUUAAACUGCCAGUGUAUUCUUGCUCUCUGAAGGACAAUUGUCAUUAUUUUUCCCUCUUGUUAUCCACCCAGACAUAAUAGAAAUAAAGAAGACAAUAAAGUGA